UGAAAUGCCUUCACCUAGAGGAGUAACACUACCAGAAUCAUCUAGUCCCCAGCAUUACAAGUCUUUUGAAAAAAGUUGUAUUCUUCUCUGCCCCAACAACUAUAUUCAGACUGAAAAACCUGAUGGAAAUUUGACUUGUGAACCAUGUUCUAAAGAAAAUGACUGUAGGAGAGAGUGUAAUGGUGGUGUUGUGAACAAUAUUGCUUCAGCACAACAAUUGAAAUAUUGCACACAUAUACUUCAGAGCCUGGAGAUAAAAAUUAUUGGAGCAAUAAAUAUUGUGAAAGAACUUGAGGAAAAUUUGGCAAUGAUUCAAGAAAUAAAUGGAUAUUUGAAAAUAGUUAGAUCGUAUCCAUUAGUAUCAUUAAAUUUUUUAAAGAGCCUAAAAAAAAUUAGAGGAUCUUCUUUAGAUAAUGGAAGGUACUCACUUGUGGUUAUGGACAAUGCAAACUUACAAGAUUUAUGGGAUUGGAAAAAACAUGGACCUAUAGAGAUCGGCAAUGGUAGUUUAUCAUUUCAUUUUAAUCCCAAGUUAUGCAAAGAUAAGAUUGAUGAAUUGAGAAAUAUGAGCAAAACGCCUCUUGAAAUCGAUCAGAAUUCAAACGGAGAUAGAGUUCCUUGUAACGUAAAACGCUUAAACGUAACUAUUGCUGCCAUAUCUCAGAAGGCUGUUUUAAUAAAAUGGGAACCAUUUCCAUAUCCAGAUCAACGUGUACUUCUAGGCUAUGUGGUAUCGCGCAUGAAGGCUCGGUAUCGAAAUGUUACAGUAUACGAUGGUCGCGAUGCUUGUGGUGGUGAUGGAUGGAUUGUCGAAGACGUAGCUAAUCAGCCUCAAGCAAGUGAAUUUCUUCACAUAUUUACACAUCUCGAAUCCUACACUCAAUAUGCUUUCUACGUUAAGACGUACACUAUAGCUUCAGCUGUAGAAGGUGGCCAAAGUCCGGUUCUUUAUUUUACAACCUUACCCGAUCAGCCAAGCCCACCUCAAAAAAUGACGGUACAUUCAAACUCAAGUUCUGAAAUUGUUGUCAAAUGGGAACCUCCAAUAACACCGAAUGGAAACGUAACUCAUUACAUUAUCGAUGUUAAAUAUCAACCUGAUGUCAACGACAGAAAUUAUUGCAAAGACGCUAUAAAAGUGGCAGAUAUUAAGCCGAUAGUAAAAGAAGAAAUAUUUCCCGCAAGUUCAGAUAACACUUGCAAUUGUUCAAGCAACGAAAUUGAGAACAAGCCUAAAAUAAUCGGGCAGGCUGAAGCUGAUAAUAGCAUCUCAUUUGAAGACCAAUUGCAGAAUCAAGUCUAUAUAAAAUAUGAGAAGCCAAAUCCGGAUCGAUAUAAACGAAUGAUUUUGGAUUCGGAUGUUCAAUUGGCUAAAGAAAGAUAUUCUGAAGAAUCGCAGAGAAACUAUAUGAUAGAAUCAAAUGCAACAUCGAGUGCAAAUCCAAAUACAAGUAUUCAUCCACAAAUCAAAACGAACGGCACUUCGUUUGUGAUAAAAAAUUUGAAGCACUAUGCUCUGUAUAGCAUAAGUCUGCGCGCAUGCCGGGAAAGAGUAGCUGCAGAUAAGGAUAAUAAACUUUGCAGUGAAAGCAAAAUGAGAAAUGAAAGAACUCUCAAGCUCGAGGGUUCUGAUGAUAUAACUGUAUUUCGCGCACAAGUUAUUUCUACAAAUCAAAGUCUGGGCGAAGUAGUAGCUUCAUGGGAAGAACCCAAAGAGCCUAAUGGUCUAAUAUAUAUGUACCAAAUAGAGUAUAACCGAGUGGAUUUAAUUGAUGCAAAACCUGUUCCAAUAUGCGUGACACAGCAAGAUUUUAUAGACAGGAAUCGUAUGUAUGCAAUUAAGAAUUUAACUCCAGGAAAUUAUAGCAUUCGUGUAAUGGCCGUCUCAAAAGCUGGAAAUGGAAAAUAUUCCGAAAUGAAAUACUUUUUGAUAAUGGAACCAUCUACUGGCCUAACUUCUGGCGAAAUUGUUGGAUAUACUUUUCUUGCACUACUUCUUUCAUUUAUAUUAUCCAUUUUGGCAUAUUUUGUGCACAGAAAGUAUUUUUCUCCGCCUAGCAUUAAGUUAAUCACUUCUGUUAAUCCUGAAUAUGUCAGUAUGCAGUACCAACCUGAUGAAUGGGAAGUUCCCCGAGAGAAAAUAAAAUUGAUAAGGGAAUUGGGUCAAGGCUCUUUUGGAAUGGUGUACGAGGGUAUAGCUUGCGAUUUAGUACAAGGCAACAGUGAAAUCAAAUGUGCGAUUAAAACUGUGAAUGAGCACGCCACGGAUCGCGAGCGCAUUGAGUUUUUGAACGAGGCAUCUGUCAUGAAAGCGUUUGAUACUGCCCAUGUGGUACGCCUGCUUGGAGUUGUUUCCCGUGGUCAGCCUACUUUAGUGGUUAUGGAAUUGAUGGCCAAUGGUGAUCUCAAAAGCUAUCUUCGCUCUCAUCGUCCAGAUAGUGAUGUGUAUGAUCCGGAGAUUUGCGUACAACCACCAACACUUAAGAGAAUUUUACAGAUGGCUAUUGAAAUAGCUGAUGGAAUGGCAUAUCUUUCAGCAAAAAAAUUUGUGCAUCGAGAUUUAGCAGCUAGGAAUUGCAUGGUUUCAGAAAACCUAACUGUAAAGAUUGGAGAUUUUGGUAUGACGCGAGAUAUUUAUGAAACAGAUUAUUAUAGGAAGGGUACCAAAGGUCUUCUGCCUGUGCGCUGGAUGGCACCUGAAUCAUUAAAAGAUGGUGUUUUCACAAGCAGUUCCGAUGUUUGGAGCUAUGGUGUUGUGUUGUGGGAAAUGGCUACAUUAGCUUCUCAACCAUAUCAGGGAUUGUCAAAUGAUCAAGUUUUACGUUACGUGAUUGAUGGCGGUGUUAUGGAAAGACCCGAAAAUUGUCCAGACCAGUUAUAUGAGCUGAUGCGCCUUACUUGGCAGCACAAACCAUCAGCAAGACCAUCUUUCUUUGAACUUGAGACUUUGUUGCAUGCAGAUGCCAAUCCUGAGUUUAAGAAGAUUUCAUUUUACCAUUCUCCUCAAGGUCAAGAAGCGCUGAUAAAUAUGCAAAAUACAAUUUUAGUCAAUGACGAUCCAUCCACGCCUUUGCAUCACACCGAAGAUGAUGAAUUUCAGUCCGAGUUUGAUGUAAAGAAAACAGGCCAACAAAUGCCAAAACCUGAUCUAAUGGAGAGACUUCUCUCGAGACAUGAAAUGGAUACAACAUUCAGCUUAGAUCAAAAGGUAGGUUCAUAUCAGGACAGUAUGAGUUACAUAGGUUCUACACCAGGCACAUCAUAUGGACAUCGGGAUAGGGAAUUCUCUGAAGAUGCUGGUAGUUUAUUUGGGUCUCGAAGUCCUGCUUUCUAUUCCAUAACGAACAAAAGUAAUGCAGUGUCUCCUGAGCGGCGGCGUAAAGAUUCUGAGGAAGAAGAAACGCAAUUCUCGACAACGGCCCCCAUGUUGCUUUCAAAUGCUAAUGGAUAUAUCAUGGGAGCAAUAACUUCUAAAAAUGGUACUGCCAAUAUCAAAACUGCAGAUCGUUAAUUCUAUUUUAUUUAAUUAAAAAAUCUUUCAUUUAAAAAUAAAUGAAUUCAAUAAGCAUCAAA